CGGAAUUAAUUCUGUUUAUUGUAUGUUUGCAGAAGAUAUGCUGUGUCAGAAAUGUUUCCGCAGAUACAAAUCGAGAGGAUCUCUGUUGCGACAUCUGAAGAUGGAGUGCGGGAAGUUACCCGGAUUUCAGUGUCCCAAAUGCCCCUACAUGUCGAAACAAAAAGCACCCAUGAAGAGGCACAUUGUUCUUAUGCAUAUGCAGAGUGAUUCUAUUUAGAUUAUUUCUCAAAACGUUGUUGGUUGUCUCUCCUCAAUGCUGAUACCCUCAACCUUCGUUAUCAUUAGAUUGAUAAUGUUUAUAAUUGUUCGAGGCAAAUUUGAUAGCAGACAUAAGCCGGCGACCCUUGAGCCAGAACAGCUUCACAGGUGCGAUUUAUGCUCCCGCACCUACAAGUACAGGGAGAACCUGAGAAGGCACAAACGCCAGGAGUGUGGAGUCGCGCCAAGAUUUUCCUGCAACUUCUGUCCGUACAAAGCUAAACAAAAAUCGUCGCUGCAAUCUCAUGUUAUCAAUAUGCAUUCGAUGCUUCUGCACGACUCUGAUUCCUCAGCUUUUCUCUUGCAGCAAGAUCAGUUCAUUAUAAGAUAAGUUACCAAUAUUAGUACCAAACAACAAAUCAUGAAAUGAUAUGUCAUACAUUUUUUUUUUAAAUCUUGAGUAUAAAUUAUCUGCUGACUAUUUAGUAGUGACUAUCGUUUCGCCUUGGAAUGCUUGCAUCUUCGGACAAGUUGUUUGGAUUCAUAAAAAACUAUGACAUUCCAUUGUAUGGGUCACUUCUACUAAGUGGAAAAUUGCUAUUAGAAUAAUUAAGAAAUUUCAUAAUCUUUUAGCUUGAGAUAAAUCUCUUCCAGAUGAUUUUUCAUCAUCUAUGUUGUUUUUUUUUCAUUGUCUAUGAUUAGUUAACUAUUGCAUUUCACUGAAAUAUUCAAGCUUUAUACUUUCAAAACAAGUUCCUUUGUUUUUAACUUAAUUAUUCUGAUUAUUGGAAUAUUAAAAAUAUUCUGGAAAUUCCAGUAUAGUGUAGAUAUUCGCUUGUGCAUAGCUUAGUUCUUGGAAAUAGUGUACCUAGUGUAUAUUGAGUAAAACUAUUUAAUUUUGUAUAGUUUAUAAAAACUUUGUCAGAAAUAAAAUUUUGUCUUCAACGA